GAGACCGACGACGAUGCCCCCGCCGAGCUCAUGGUCACGUCGCGCGCCCGCCGCCCCAACGCCGGCAACCGCAUGUCCACGCUGCUGGCCCAGUCGGUCGAGGACGAGGCGUGGGGAGACGCGUGGGACGAGGCCCCCGACGAAGAGGAGUUCCACGGCGACCAGCCCGACGACGACGACGACUACAACCUCGACUCGUCCUCGUCCGAAGACGAAGACCAGGCCGCCGACGACGACGACGAUGCCGGCGAGAGGGAGCUGCGCAGAGCCGAGCGCCACGACCGGAGCAAAAAGCGCAAGGCCGCCACGAAUCCCUUUGCGGCGAGAGCCGUCGCUGCGGCGCGCAAGAAAGUCAAGCUGCAUGUGCCCCGCACCCACUCUCCUACACAUGCUCCCCCGCGGCCCAAGAAGAAGUCAGAGCGCGCAUCAUGGCUGCCCACCGACGAGGACGGGCCCGUCCGUAUGUCCAACCGGAAGCAGACAAUUGCCAACAAGGACGCUACAAUGGCCAAGCUCAAGGAGAAGGACCGCCGGCGCGACGACACCCUGGCAAUGAUGAAGGCUGCAGAGGCCCGGAAACUAAAGUCCAAGGAGCAGCCCUUGACCCAGGCUGAACGGCUGGCCGAAGCCGCCCGCAACGAGCGCAUCAACAAGAAGACGCUGCACAGGUGGGAGGAGGCCGAGGAGGCACGCGCAGCCGAGAGGCAGGCCAAGAUAGACGCCCUGAAGAACCGCCAGAUUGACGGGCCCUUUUACCGCUACUACAGUGGCCCAGGCAUAUGGGUCGAUGACAAACUCAAGUAUACGGGCAAAGAUGCACCGACGCCCGAGCAGCUCGAGGAAAAACUCAACAGGGAUGCGGUCGACGCCGAUGCACCCACUGCUCAGCCAGAGUCAGAAGCAGAACACGCAAACUCCGCACCACCACCCGAAAGCCAUGUCGACGACAGUCAACCGGCCCCCGCCCCGCCCCCAAUGCGCGCCUCACACACACCUCCCAUACCCACGACCCUACAACCGCAAUCAGAUUCGGCACAUAUGCCGUGGACAGCAGCAGCAUCCCAAGGCGGAGAUGUAUUCAUGGGCUCGCACGGCAUGGCAAUGCCAAGCAGUGUCAUGUUUGCACCGCCAAGCCAAGAUUCCUUCCUCUUUGGCAUCGACCAAUAUGCCCAAGAGCAACGGUCCCAGUCGGUGUCUGGCGACCUCCCUCCAAACCCCUUCACACAGGCCUCUCCGUUUCAGCAGCAAUACGCAACCUCACCAUCCACAUUCUCACAAACAGCACACCCAUUGCUCAACGGCCCUUCCAUGCCACCAAGCAGUGAUAACCCUGCCAUUGGCCCCGAAGCCAUGCUUGCUCAACUCCAAAAACCAGCCGAGCCUCCUGCACCGCCGCGCCGCAAAAUCAUCCGCCGAGCCCUGCGGAACCUGCUUAUCCUCUCUAAUUUCCCCCAUCUUGAGGUGCCAGUACCAACAUCUUCUCGAGCCAGAACCAGUGCUUCGCUCCUCAAGGAAAAGGACAGGUCGGCACUGGUGCAGCUGUACACGGCACUCUUCAACUGGACGCCUGCAGAAGCCACCAGCUACAUUCAGCAGACGCUCAUUGCGCCUCCCAAGCCGCCCCGGAAGAAUGCUGCCCACAAGGCUGACGCCGAGGUGGUGCUCAAGCCAGGACAGAAGCUAUGCCCCAUUACCAAUACCAUUGCCCGGUACCGCGAUCCAGAGACGGGGAUUGCGUACCGCGAUGCGCGUGCGUUUGGCGUGCUCCGAGGCGUCGUGGGCGGCGGCUUCAUCUGGAGCGGCAAUCUGGGCUGCUAUGUGGGCGGGCGAGCCAAGCCGCUGGAAACCAUGGGCGGCAAAGGCUUCUUG